ACAACGCCCCCUCUCCUACGCCAUCCACUACGUCAGUCAUACGCAUUACGUUUUCGAAACGCGCAGAGUAAUCACGUGUGGUGAAAGCGGAGGAGAGUUUUGUGCGUGUUUUUAUUUUUUUGUUUCUGUACGGAAAUAUCAUUUUAUCGACCUUGAAUUGAACAAACAACGCAGCUUCAGAUAUGGGUGGGGGAGAUCUGAACCUGAAGAAGAGCUGGCACCCGCAGACUCUGAAGAACAUCGAGCGGGUGUGGAAGGCAGAGCAGAAGCACGAGGCGGAGUGCAAGAAGAUCGAGGAGCUGCAGAAAGAGCUGCGGGACGAGCGAGCGCGGGAGGAUAUCCAGAAAUACGCGGAGGACAGCGGCGCCAUCAAGAAAAGGGAUGAACGUCUGGACUGGAUGUACCAGGGUCCUGGGGGGCAGGUGAACAGGGAGGAGUACCUGCUGGGCCGCGCCAUUGAUAAGCAGAUCACUGAGAAGUACGAGGAGAAGGAGGCGGGACCCUCCUCAGAGACAGGGCUGCUCCCGGGGUCCAUCUUCACAGCAGGGGGCGCCACCUCCGCCCUCGACAUGGCUGCUAAGAUCCGGGAGGACCCACUCUUCAUGAUCCGGAAACGAGAGGAAGAGAAGAAGAGAGAAGUGUUGACCAACCCUGUGAAAAUGAAGAAAAUCAAAGAAAUGCUGCAACAAAACCUGGAAAAGAAAGGGAAGAAGAAAAGCAAGAAAAACAAGAAGGACAAGAAGAAGAAGCACAAGAAGCAUCGUCGGCACAGCUCAAGUAGCGAGGGCUCCAGCGGCGAGGAAGAGGAGGAGAGUCGCCCCAGAGAAAAAUCGCACAAGAAGACAAGCAGCCCCCCUCUUCCCUUCUCUCAUCCACAAGCCCCUGGUUAUGGCUUGCAGAUCCUGGCUAAUGAUGCCCGUCACCGUCGAGACUCGACACCUCCCGACCACCAGAGGGCAGCACAGCAGCACAGGAGCCGCUCGCACUCCCCUCACAAGCACUCCAGCAGGGGCUCCAGACGUGAGGAGCCACGGGAGCGGAGAGGGAGGUCCCCGUCUUCAUCCCCCCCGCCAAGGCACAGCAAACAUGACAAGACGGACAGAAAGGGCAAGGAGAAAGCAAGGAGCCCGUCCCCCAAGAAUGACAGACACUACAGACGCCAGGAUACCAAGCAGACAAAGAAGCUGUCCGCGGAGGAGCUGGAGCGCCGACGUCGGGAGAUGAUGGAUUUCGCACGCUGGCGGGACGAGGAGAGAGUCAACAACAUCAAGAGGUACAAGAAAGAGGAAGAGGAGGAGAAGGAGCUGGAGAAGCUGGACUCCCGUGACGGCAAGUUCAUACAUAAAAUGAAGCUGGAAAGUGCCUCCACAUCAACGCUGGAAGAUCGCGUGAAGAGGAACAUCCAUUCGAUCCAGAGGACCACCGCCGCACUGGAGAAGAACUUCAUGAAAAGGUAGCGACCUGCAGCCUGCAGUGGAGGGAGAGAGCGAGCGAGACAGAGAGAGAGCUUCACAACGCACACCACACCAGCAGAUACACAGGGCUGCAUGCCCGCAGUGUAACCCGUCACUGCUGUAUGUCAUUCAGUGGCUACCUGGGCAGAGCUAUUCCCCAAGCAGCCCUUGGACCAGCAUCAGAAGAAAAAAAAAUGUUACUGUUCAUUAGCCAGCAGAAUCUGCAGAAGAGCCUGGUCUUGCAUCACAAGCAGGCCUUUGGUCAGUGUCAGUUGUAAUGGUGCAAUUUGUAAUUAAUUGCAAUUACAGUUAAAUUGUAAUUGCAGUUGAAACUGGGCAUAUCUGUGUAAUUCUAAUUACAAUGACUGCAGCAUAAUUCUAAUUUGCAAUUUCAGCAAACAGUUCUGCUGUAAUUGUAUUUAUAAUUUUUAAAUUGUGUUUUUUUUUUUUUUAAGUUGUCGUAGACGGGUUCAGAGUUUAACUAGUCCUUUUUUAUUUAUUUAUUGUUUUUCAUUCCUAGCGAUUUGCCUCUUAAGAUUUGAAUUCAAUGAAGUUUACAGCCGUGCUGUAUAGCCAUGAUUGCUCUGUGUGUUCCUCAAAAGACACGAUCAUGCUUCCGCGGCGGUGUGCUGUAAUCUAGAAUUGGUUCAGUUUUUCUGUGCAAUUUCAACAAGUGUAUUUGCCCAGCCACCUAUUGCAGUCUUUUAUAUUAUUUAAUGCUGCCCGGCUGUAUACCUGUCAGGCCAGUAACCAUUAAAAAAAAAAAAAACUAAAACAGAAAGAAAACAAUCCUGGACGGGGGAUGCUGGCAGAGAACAAUGCCCACAACUUAGUAUUGUUCUGCAAAUUCUGUCCCAACCAAUGGUUCAAAACUAACCAUAUUACUCAGGGUAUAAAAACACAAAUUUUUUGUGGUAAUUUGUGAUGUUAAACCUGUAACUACCAGCUAACAAAAGACUUGCUAUACUAUUAAAAACUUGUUUUUAUUAUUAAGUUUUCAUUGAAAUUCCAGGGACCUGAAGGAUGAACAUAGUUUCUUAAGAAUUCAAAUAUAUUCAGCAAUGUAUUUAAAAUGGUAUUUUCCAUACAGUUACUGAAUGCAAUGCCAGUGUUACGUGCAUGCUAAAGAAAUUAUAUACAUACACACGCACACAUAUAUAUAUAUAUAUAUAUAUAAAUAUAUAUAUAUAUAUAUACAGCAUAUGUGUAUAUAUAUAAAUGGGUGCAAUUGGAUAAGAAUGAUAUUCACACAGAACUAAAUCUACUGUAAUGCUUUUUAUUUACUUAUUGUAACACUCUCAGUGCUGGUACUACCUUUAUAAGAUCUGAUGUACUGGUUUAGAUUAAAGAUGUGUUUUUUUAUUUUUAUUUUUUAAACAUUCUAAGUCUGUCUAAAGUGAAAAGAUGUGCAACAGGCCCCUGAACUUCCUUAAUAAAACCCGACAGAAUAUCUUUUUAAGCAUGCACCUGUGUAUUUAUUCGCUGAUUGAUUUAUGUAUGCACUCAAUUAAAUUGCGUUGCUGCGUUA